AUGGUUGAGCAGCUACCAGACCAUGUGCCCAGCCUCAAAGAAGCCAUGAAGCAGGACAAAGCCGAGUUUGACGACUGUAUGCCGUGUCGGGUCAUUGGGACAGCGACAUUUCUUGGUCUCGGUGCUUUCACAUACAUUUCCGGACAUGCGCAGAUACAAGCCAACGCAGCGGCAAUCAAAGCAAGCAAGAGCAUUUUUGGAAUGCGAAGUAGGAGAGCAGCGAUAACAGGCACCAGUGCCGUUAUGGUCGGCCUGGGUGUUUACAGGUGGUUCUCGUGA